AUGGUGGCACGAAGGACACACCCGCCGUGCGACGGGUGGGUGGCUCACUCGCAAAAGCUCGCGACGAGGAACAAGACGCUGCAUUUGAUUAUGUCAGCGCUGCGAGCGCGGCUGGGAGAUGCUGUGGCUAAGCUGGUGUUGCUGCCCGUAGUGGGCGUGAGUCUCUGCGGGGCCGUGACCCUCAUUCUCGGGCUGCAAUGGAUGGAGGCGCUGCAACGCCAGCGUCAGGCGAUUAAAUGGCGUACUCGGCUGUGGGCGAUGGUACUCGCGCUACUGCUAGCACUGGCGCCGGCCAAGCGGCUCGAUGCUGCAGUGACACCGCACUGUAUGUCGCCAGUGGACGAGAGAUUGGAAGAAGGAACCGCUAAGCUGCUCAAUAGUGGAGACAAGAGAGACGCCAACGAUGGAGACGUCGAUGGGACGGGCGAAGAAAGUUACGCGUCACGUCCUUUGAAAAGACAGAAGUCAGAACCUGGAGAGAGAGACGUAACUGAGCAGAAGGACGCACAGGACGACCAAAACGACGAGCAAGGACAAGCUGGAGAUGAAGAAAACAAAGACGACGGUGAUGAGGAGACGCAGCGCGAGACAUUAAGGACCAAAGGUCUUUCCAAACGUGUUCGGAGACGCGUGUUCAUCUGGGAUUUAGAUGAGACUUUGGUGCUCUUCGCCUCGCUGUACACGGGCACUUUCGCUCAAAUGCACGGUAAGGAGGUUGCGCCUGGAGUAGCUCUUGGUGAGCAGAUGAUGACCUUUUUACUGGCGAUGCUGGAGAAACAUUUCUUCUUUAGUGACCUGCACGAUACAGACGUGGACCACAUCGCACAUGUUGCUGCUAACGAUUGCAGCGUGUCUGGCCAGGAACCAACAAUACAGGAGAGAUACGAGCGUAUCCGCGAGAUCUACGAGCGUCGCGGACACGUGGAUUUUUUGCACGAUACGAACAGUGAGUGGUUCGCCAUCCGUGGCGCGCUAGUGGCAGCUAUUGAUAAUUUUUCAACUGGUUGGCUGCACGAAGCUCGGCAAGUAUUGGAACUCACUGCAGAGCCUGUGAACUCCCGAACGGGACCCGCUCAGUCCGAAACCUGUCCUAAUGAUACCAAAAUCGAAGAAGAGGUGGAAAAUGUGAACGUGUUGGUCACAAAUACGCAACUGGUGCCAGCAUUGUGCAAGUGCCUCAUUUACCAGUUAGAUGCAUUCUUCCCGAUCGAUUGCGUAUAUUCUUCGGCAAAAAUUCACAAGUAUCGGUGCUUUGAAAGGAUCAUGGAGAAGUACAAAGCCCCCGACGUGGAAUUUGUAGCCAUUGGAGACGGGCUGGAGGAAGAGCAGGUAAGUCUUGCUCUUGGUCUAGAGUUCCACAAGAUUCGGUCGCUUGUGGAUCUCAAACGACUUCGCUACGACUUGCAGUUAGUGCAAGUCAAUAGUAACAACUCCACGUCGAAUGCUGCGGUGGUCGAUCCUCCUGCUGUCGCUGCAGCUCCAAUGUCUGUUGCCUCGUCCUCUGUCGGCCAAACUGCUGUAGUCUAG